CGGGGCAUUAAAAUACGAAUCUACUAACAUUGCAAAGCGCGUUGCUCGUUUUUCUUUUCUGUGUCACACCUCCUUAUUUCGUUAUUAUAUCACUGGCAUGCCAUGGAAGGCUCAGAUUCAUACCUCAUACGACCCAACUAUCAGCACAAAUUCAAGCCUGCAGUUGUAAAGGAGUGCAUUCGUGAAACAGUGAAGGCGCGCUUAUCCGAAGUACAAUACGACCCAGAUGAGGUUUCAGAGCUAACCCGCACACUUGCUGACAGUGUGAAGAAUAAAGUGAAGAAGUUAGGGUUUGACAGGUACAAGUUUGUUGUGCAGGUAACCAUCGGAGAGCAACGCGGACAAGGAGUCAAGAUGUCGUCAAGGUGUUUAUGGGAUGCUGAUACAGACAACUAUGCAGAAGAUGUUUUCAUGAACGAAAGUUUGUUCUGUGCGGUGGCCGUGUUUGGAAGCUAUUUCUACUAAGCAGCCGGGAGUACGAAUGUGGAGGAGGAUAGCAGCUGCCGAGGUGGAAAGCGCGACAGAAAUCCAAUGGAGACCCACUAUCAUUCUGAGUUUUACAUUUUGACUUCUUGUCACUGUGUCUAGUCCUUUAUGGUGGUAUCUUACUGAGGCUUGCAAGUGUUUGCAAACACAGCAACUGUUGUUUUUUCGUCAGAUUUCUAAGAGGUUGCAAAGGCGUUGGGCAGAUUCUCGCAAACAUUUUUAAUGGUCACAGAUAGUAGUUCUUGUCACCCUCAAAUUUUGAACGUGUUCAAAAUUUCUUUACGCAAGCGUUCGCCGCUCAGUGAGAUAUGGGCUGUAUGAUUGAAAUGAAAUUUGAAAAUGGAAAACACACAUCUUACUGAAGCAAUAGAACCCCGUGAGAAAGAAAUUAUAAUUAUAUUCAUAUUAAUUAUCCCGAAAACUACUACAGGUUGAAGAUUAGUAUUGUAGUGCAUUGCCAAACUGUGUUUGUGGUGCAGGCAUAACGGAGAUCAUGAAAUGAUUGACCCCCAGA